GGAUCCAAAGAAGGAAGAAACCCCACCGGGUGCACAUCUUGUGCGCAACGACCAGCAGCGCAGCACAGCUGUACGGUGAGGGAAGGGUGUGUGUCCGGGCGUGUGUGUGAAGCUGUCCGGCCGUGACCGACCCAGUUGCGGUGCAGUGUUGUCAACACUGCCGCACUCUCCGUGACAGGCUUGGAGAGAACCAGGACCACAGCUGGAGCCCCCCUCUCCCUCUCCCCGUCUUUGGCUAUCCCUAUCAACAACUGGCUCCAGUUUGAGGCACCAUGAGAGCGGUGAGCAGCAAGCAGGGCUCCGCCGGCGGCAGCAGCAGCGCCGCGGCCACAGAGAAGCAGAACGGCGGGGACAUGAAGCGCAGGCCCAGCUACCCGGGAGACCAGCGGGUGAAGCACGCCAACCUGUCCACCAAGAUCUGGGUCAAAGUAGCUAUGGCCAUCGCGUACUUCCUCUGCGUGUCCGUCGCGGCGUUCAUACUGGUCAUCUACUACGUGUUUUUCUGGACGCCGGAUGCGCAUUACAACAUCACGGGCAACGGCACGGACCCUCCGAACCGCACCGACUGCGCUCCGAGGUCCGGGUGACCGCCGCUCCGCGCCCCGGUCAGCGGAACACGGGCUGCCGUGUCCCGCAGCGGCUCAUGACGGACACCGGUGACACGCGCGGAUUUCUAUAAGAACGCUCCGUCCUGCACCUGGAGUUGGGGAUGCGACUGAAGAAGAGCCGAUGCCGCUGGCGGGGGGGGAGAAGGGGGUC